GGACUGUUUCUUCUAUUUCUGUACCUAAAGAAAAGACGGGACUAGUGAUAGGGCGUGGUGCUUCCAAUCUUAAAAGAAUCAGGGAAGCCACCGGUGCUUCUGUUUUCUUAGAGGAUGGUGUUGCGCUAAUUAAAGGCACAGAAUCAGAACGUGCCAAAGCUAAAGCAUUGAUACAAGAGAUAUUGAGUAAAGAACCGGAUAAAGUCGUCCCUGAUGUGGGAUAUAAUCUUUUGGAAUUCGAUGAAGAAUUGAUGGAUAUUAAGCGAAGCAAAAUUCGAUUCAGAAAAUAUGAUGGGGAAGAUGCAAAUCUUCAUUCACGUAAUCAUACUUUAUAUACUGCUGAGAUUGUCGUAGAAAAGAAAGGAAAAUCUUCAGACGAGGAUGAUGAUCUAUCAUCCGCUAUCUCGAAGUUACUUUUGUCAAGUGGUCUUCCUUCAAAAUCUAAAGAUUCUAAUGGUCUUCCUUCAAACGCUCAAGGCUUUAACACUACCAAGAUAAUACGUCAUUGUCUUGGUGACAUCUGUACUUUAGUUCACAGAUCUGAACCGUCUCAAAUUGAAACACAAACUGUCCGACUUAAUAUAUUCUUUGGACCAGCACUUCGUUCCAGCACAAUGCUCCACGAAUUCGUGAAAAGAUUCAGUUGA